AUGGAGACCACGGAAAUCCGAAGAGGCGACUUUGUCUACAAAGACACUCUUUUUGUCGACCUGGGCCCCAACAAACGCCAUCCCCGCGCCUCAACAACAGAUCUUAAGGAGUUGUUACUGCCUAAGCGAGGCACCACCCCCAAGGACCAGGUCGCGCACUGGUACGAGGCGCAACUCCUUCACUAUGGCCUCCCACGCUCCAAGGACAAAAACACGGCCAAGGUACGACUGACCAAUGCGCUUUCGGCCAAGGCUCUGUCGGUGCCCAAGGAGAUUACGCAGAUGGAGACGGAGAUGAAGAAGGAGUUUGCCAGUGCUUUGAGGAAAGCGAAGAAUGUGGUAGGGAAGCCGGAGCAGACCAAGGCCAAGGCUGUAGAGAAGAAAGCUACGACGGUUGCGAAAGGGACGAAAACUACCAUUGAGCUGGAAGUCGACGGCGUCAAGGUCAAAAUUGACCGUGACAUGCUUGACGCGGCAAAGAAAAAGUCGACCAAAUCCAAAGAGACCUCUGCCUCUGGUGGUGCGUCGUCCAAAACCAAAGGCGACAAAGCAUCUUCUUCCACUCCCAAGCCUGCCACUGCGCCCAAAUCUAAAGCGGUCUCUGCUGGUGCCUCGUCCAAAAGCCCCAAAGGUGCCAAAACAUCUUCUUCCACCCCCAAGCCAGCAGCAGCAGCACCCAAAUCACCUUCCAAAUCAAAGGCCUCACCCUCCGCACCACGACCUCUAUUCACCGCCCGACGAAGCCAGCCAUUCCCUCGCAACACCAGUGCCCGGCCUGUUUCAGACCCCCCAAAACACGUCUAUGACCACACGCCCGUCUCCUUCCACCAUGAUGUUGAAAUGGACGACGCGCCUCCAGCGUAUGAGUCACUGGGAUUCGAUGAAGCUGACGAUGACGAAACUUCAGAACGCUCCAGCGGGCCCGUCCAAAUAUCCGGGACCUACUUCAUCCCAAAUAAACCAUUCUUCCCUUUCGAUCUCUCACUCCAAAUCGACCACCGACAACAGAAACUCUGGGGACGGUUCAAUGUCGGCUCCAAAGUCGGGGUGCUCCGUGCGGACGACAUCACCGACAUCACUACAGGAGCCGCGGUGUCGUUCGGAUGGCGAUCCGAGGAUGAAGAUGACGGCAAUAUGAGGUUCGGGCGGGGUUGCGAUGGAUACGUGGAAUUUGAUGGGGAGGGAUGGGUGCAGGGCCGCUUCCGGGGGCUGAUGCACGGAGACGAUGUUGACUUCGCAGGGCAUUUGGUGAAUGAAGACGGAUUGGAUGUGGCGGAUAUGAAGCAUAUCUGGGAUGAGUUUCCCAGGAAGGCAUAUGGCAGACACUGA